AUGGAAUCCCCCGACGUCCGAGGGACUGCAGUACCUCUCACUUCGGACACAGAAACGCCCGCUUGCCAGUCCUGCCGGAGCCGUGUGGACUGUUACUAUGACUAUACAAAGAAUAAGCCUGGUGUCAAAGUGGGCAUCAUUCAGACGCUGACUCAGCGAGUGGAGUCAUUGGAAGCUCAAUUGGAAGGACUACGCACCCAGCAUCAGGCUGACAGUGGUAUUCCAAGCCCUGCAAGCACCGUUCAGGAUGUAAACGCUCUUCGAACCUUAGUUUCAUCAAUGAUGGAGGAAUGGCGAGAGAAUAACACUUCGCCAAAUAACGCUCCAGAUCAACGUCUAAACUCUCCUCCGGAUCGAGAUGUGCAUGAUUCCACCAUCCAGACUUCAAGUCCUGAGACCUCGCGGAAAAGACCAUGUCCAGACUCCAGGAGCUUUGUGGAUUCUGCUUUUCAGGUGGACUUGCCCCCGGAUAACUUGAUGAAUGGCAUUCUGGAUGCGUACUUCUCGGUCGUUCAUCCGUUUAUCCCCAUUCUGCAUGAACCGCUUUUCCGAUCUCGCCUUCGUGACCCGGCUGAAAAGCCAAAGCUAAUGCCCAUACUCCAUGCGAUGAUGGUAUGUGCCUUACGGUACGUGGCAAACGAAAGGCUUGCUGCAGAUUGGAGUACAUCCCACCCGGGCGCACUCCAGAAGUCUAGGGAUUUUGUAGUUCUGUCAAGUAUAGAUAGCCUCUCGGUAGAAGGUGCACAGUCCCUGAUUAUUAUUGCCUUUGUUCAUAUAUGCGAUGGGAACGCAAGCAAAGCGUGGCCAAUUGUUGGAGCUCUGACUAGAGCUGUUGUGUACAUGGGACUUCACUGCGAGCCAGAUGAGGAUCAGCAGGGAGAUUCUUGCGUCCAACCAUUUAGAUAUCUGCCAUCAGCUCGGGUGUGGACGGAAAUGGAGGAGCGACGACGAGUAUUCUGGAACGUCUUUCUUUUGGACCGAUUUUCUUCCUUCACUACUGGAUGGAAUAUGAGCCUGUCCAGUGACGAUGUGAGACUCCGUCUUCCCAGUGAUGGAACGUACUGGGCUAAAGAGGAGCCGGUCACUACACCAUUUUUCAACAUAUGGGAUACAUCCUUAGCUAAAAUCGGAAAAUCAGUAUCAUUCCUCCCAGGCCACUUUUCUUCGAUCGCCGAUAAGGAGAAAGAUGUCGAUAGUAAUCCCUCAAGAUCCGAACGUGUCUCCCCGGUCUUGCAGGCACCGGGAGCCCGGUCAGUGGACCUCUCUACAAUAGGCUCCUUUGCAUAUUGCAUCGAGGCGACCGAAUCACUCAAUCGUAUUGUGAAGUAUUUCCUUCAACGACCAGUCAACUUCCAGAGCAAGCAGGAGUUCGGUGCUUGGCUGACCCGCUUCAAGGAGUUGGACCUCCAGCUUAUCCACUGGAAGAUGUUCCUCCCUCGGCGGUGGAAAGACUCUAACAUUUCCAAGGAGCCUGCAUUCGUGCAUAUGGAUCCCAACUUAACCCUGGCUCACAUCACCCACAACACGUCAAUGAUUCUUUUACAUCAGUGCAUUGCCUAUCCACGGGCCAACCUCGUGGAUAAGCUGAAACAAGCAAGUAUCUCGAGUGCUGAGACGUGCCAGCUAGCCGCGUCGGAAACAGCCAAUAUAGUUCAAAAGUAUCUACAAUACACACCCUUUGUGGGGCUUGUGAAUGCUCAGUUCGUGUUUUGCGCUUUCGUCAGCGCCCGUGUAAUGCUUGUACAUUCACACCUGCACCGCACUGAGCUUCCCGAGGGAUACAGCGUUCUUCUAUGGAGUCUUCAGCAAAUGUCAGCCCGAUGGGUGUCAUCGAACCCAAACUUACGAUUGACACUGAAAACCGAUAACUUUGCCAGUGGCCUUCUUUCUCAGCUUCAAAAGCUGCAGGAGCGGUGCAAGUACGUUGAACCUUUCGAAUUGGACGCCUUGGGCUAUGCUAUUGAAGUAAGCUUUGCCCUUGGGAUACGUAGUCCACCGGCUAGCUUAGGUGAGAGUCAGUGGGUCAGGGAGCGACGGGCCCAACAGCGACAUAGCAUCAUACCGGUGAAUGGCCAGCGUUCCCAUUAUAUGAACAGUAGUCCUUGCGCGCACAGGUCUGAUCAAUGUAGCGAUCAUGACCACGCGUCGCAGCCGGUUGUAGCACCAUCCGUGAACGUGACUCCUUCUGGUCCUCCGGUAGCGUCAGACGCGACAAUUAGAGAUAUGGGCCAGUGGAAUGGGAAUCAGAUAUCAAACCAGCAACGUAUGAAUACGCUGCGUGCUCGGGAUGCAUAUCCCAGUCAGACUGGCCCAAUGGAUGGCCUAUUCCCUUCAGCCAGUGCAGCCUCACCACUCGAUGGCUCAGACAGCUUUGCAGCGUUGUCUAACUUCCUUCUGGACCCUCAAUAUCUGGACAUGGACCGAAUUAUCAGCUUUCAGGACUCGUUCACUCAUUAG